AAAGCGGUAAUUUGCACUACGCGUUACUUAAUCGGUGUGCAAGAUUAGUGAUUUUUACUUAUCAGUUAGCGUGUAGUCAUGUACAGGAAAUAAUUCAUCACACUUAGUGUGUGACAGAUUGGUUGGUUUUUAUUGACUUCCAGGCUGUAUGAUGAGAAAUCUGGUCAUAUUUUGUCGAAAUAUUGUAUCUUACCUUGAGCGAUAGUUCUCGACUGAGACUCGAUUUCAUGCGGAAGCUUUGAAUGGCAAUUUAAAAGCCUUAAACUUAGUGCAAAAAUACUCUUACUGCUUCAAUGAUACAGUAUUUGAAAUCUUAAUUAUCAAGGACGGGUUGGUCUUUCUCAAGCCUCUUCGUUGGUCAGAAAGCAGUUUUAAAAAGGACCACACACUUUUCCUUUAAAGCAUUAACAUACAGACGCAUAUACGUGUGUUUAUGGUAUGCUCUUUAUGUACAUAAUCUAUUGACUUCCAUUCUUACGUAACUUGACGAGCAUACAAAACCAGUUAUUCACUGUUUGAUCAUCGCGUAAGACGCAUUUUUCGGGUUUUUCUUCCAUGGAUUUCGGCGUAUCUACUACUCAAAUUGAUUUUUUUCCCACUUCAUGUAUUUUAGGCCAAUCCACCUAUUCUAUGUCAGAUUUAUCAUAAUAAACAAUUUCAUUUGUGCUGCGUCAAAAUGUAGAUGAAUGUCGUAGUUAAUGGGGAUAUCAUAUAUAAAAAUUGAGAGAGACCAUUUGAAUUAGAAUUUUCGUAAAGCGCUAAGAAAUUCUGGCUUGAUUUAGGAACCAUGUUGGAAAAUAUCCCAGCUUUGCAAAAGUUCUAAGCAAAUUCUGGGGAAAAAUCCUCAACCUUGGUAAUUCUAGUGGGAAGUAUCACAUUUGUUCUUAAUGCACUUCUGUUUUAAUUAUGUUCUCCUCCAUUGAUCCUUUAAAACUGUAAUAAACGAACCUUUGUUAAACGGGGUAUACAAAGCAAUCACACACUCCAAACAUUUACUCACUUGAAGCCUUUUUUUCUUUUAGAUGUCAGAAACUCCUGAUGGACUGAUUAGUCUUGAAGAGUUGGAAAUUAUGUUUAAAGAUCGAUAUACUGACAGGGAUAUUAAUUAUCAGAACCAUUUAGCAAAUGCUAAUGUGCCACCCCCUGUUAUACCUAAUUGGGAUGAAAUAAAUCGAGAGAGAUCCAAUCAUCGGGGUCGAAGAAACAAUUAUCACAGAUUUCAGAGAAGUAACUUCCGACGUAACGAUAUGGAUUAAUUCAGUUCAUUAUCAUAUUCCAAGACUUUACAGUAAUUUUAACUUAAGUGAGCUGUUACACAAACGGUUGCUUUAAAUCGGCUUAGAUGUUGCAACUGCUAUGACCAAAAAACUACAAAUUUUAAAGUGCCGUGAAAGAAUUGAAAUUGAUAUUUUAAAAGCGUCCAGAACGUCGUGUUAAUUUUAUUCUAGUCUCCAUAUAUUUUAAAAUUUCACUGGGUAUUUUGGAUGUCAUGUAAAAAGUGAUUUUUGAAUAUCUUGUUGAUCACAAAAGUUCCCUUUUUAGUACGUACGAAAUGCGUUUGUGUUAAAAGGUACAGCAUUAAAGUUAAUAAACUUCCAAUUCGAUGUACAUGAACUUUUGGUUACCUUAUCUUGAAAUGAACUGAUUUUCGUCCAAUGUUGAUGAAACUUCAUCCAUUUUUUCUAAGUUGGUAAAAAUAUCAGUUGAUCUGAAAUCUUCAAUUAUCUUGCACGUUAACUGAAACCAUGUACAAAAUUAAAUUGUUUGUUUCGUCUUUUCUUGGUAAUGUUAAAGUGCAGAUAAGUAGAAUAUAAAACACUAAGCGUUUUUCUGAGAUAUAA